GUCGUAGAGCGGAGAGAGACGCCGGAAAGAUAUCGCGAAUUCGAAAAUGGUCUUUGUCGGCUCUUGUAAACCUCGAGUUUCGUCAGUAAGAUAACCUUGAAUUGUAAGAAACGCGUUGUUAGGUUUAGAGCAAGUAUACCUGGGUCUGGGUUACUUGGUAGGUCUAGAGGAGCUUCGGCGAGUUCGUGGAUUGGUGACAAUGGCAGAUGAGAGUGAGAUUGUUCCAGAGCUCACAGAUGUGCAGAGGAAACGAAUCGCCGCCAAUCGCGAGCGAGCGCUGCAGAUCAAGAAGGCCAAGCUAGCAGUCAAGAGCAUUGCCGAAAAUAAUGCGGCAGGCAGGAGGGCUGUGGACACCGGUGGCGGCUUCCUGCUUGACCAGGAGACAAUGGCCGCCGCGUCGCAGGGCUCUCCUGUCAAGACAGUGCAGAUGCCAUCGGAGCACUCGACUUGCGAUUCCUGCGGCAAGGCCUUUCUCCUCUCCUUCCUCCUCGAGAACUUCGCCCUAGAAGUGUGCGACAACUGCAGGGACAAAGAGGACAAGCACAAGCUGAUAACGCGCACGGAAUCCAAGGCCGAGUAUCUGCUGAAGGACUGCGACUUCGACAGGCGCGAGCCACCGCUCAAGUUCAUUGUCAAGAAGAACCCGCACUACACCCUGGGGAGCAUGAAACUGUACCUCAAGUGCCAGGUCGAAGAGAGGGCAAUCGAAGUUUGGGGUUCGCUGGAAGAACUCGACAGGGAGCUUGAGAAGAAAGAUGGCGAGAGGGCCAAAAGAAAACAGAAAGCAUUCAACAAGAGAGUCAAAGAGUUGCGCAUGACGGUGAGAAGCAGUUUGUACAGACCUCCCGGAACAAACCACGUCCAUUCUUAUGGCGACGAAGAGCACGACGCAGACAACGACGAAUACUUCAAAAUCUGCGACAGCUGCGGCCACCGGAUGAGCUACGAAAAAAUGUGACGACUUUGUUCACGCACAUUGUCUCUGUGAACGUAUUUUAUAGGAGCCCGCUCCCACAUUUUAUUGACGUGGGUGGGGUGUGUAACUUAAGCUUUGCAUGAGAAUGUAAAUACAAGUCGAUGUUAAUAAAUGCCUCGGAAAUGUCGGUCGGCG